AUGGUACCGCAGCGUGACUUACGGUUUGAAGCCGGUACCCGGGAACGUGGUGCUGCGAGUAUGCGUCCGGUAGAGGGGACGCUUGGCCCAGUCGGAUACUGGACCUGGUGGCUGGGGAUCUCGCUGGCAGUCGGGGAAGUCUGUGCUGUGGUACCCGCCGGUGAUUUCACGCAGCUGUGA